CGAGGCGAGGAGGUGGCAACUGCGACGACGCGACGCGACUAGUAACACGCACUUGAACGACAGUGAUCACAUUCCGCUCAAAAGAGUUUUAUUUAGUCUUCGACAAAGUGUCUAUUGGCUGUGAACCGUACUUUUGAAGAAGAAUCACCAUGUCUUCAAACGACGAGAGCAAUCUGAAGGCGGGUCAUCCCCCGGCAGUUAAAGCAGGUGGUAUGCGUAUUACCCAACACAAGUCUACUAAGGAAAAGCCAGAGAAGGAUGUUAAUGCAGAGGAAGGUGAUGACCACAUCAAUUCUCUGACUGCUUCAACUAGCCCUCCUAAGACUACUUUGGUAUCAGGAGCACCGGUUAGAGGAAACGCAGACUUCCCAACUGAGGCAGUUCAGCAUUUCCAUAACAAACCUCAGCCUACUCAUGAUGCUCGCCCUACUCAUGACAAGGCAAACCACAUUCAGCAGCCCAGGAAGUAGAAUGUUACAUCUCUUGUCAGCAAGCGUACAGUCAACCGAAUUGUUUGUGUAAAAAUUGUAGCCAUAUUUGCUCAAGGCGGCUUUCUUUCACUAUUAACACAGACAUCUUAUAAAUAACCCAUAAAAAUAAUUAAAAUUAAAAAUUGUUUCCCCAAAAAAAGGUUAAUGACACUUGCCAUUCACAAAAUCUGGAACUUUGCUACAUAUUUUUAUAGAGCUUAAUUAAGUUCUGUGAUGUGAUGUAACAAAAAAACUAGCUUGUUUUUCUAUUAAAAGACCAAGCAUCUGAAUAAAGUUGCUUGAUGUACAAUGAGAGGCUGAUAAAAUUGCAAUGCUUUAUGUUGUUUAAAGUUGUGAAUUCCUGUAAUUGCAUUUAUGUUUCUCAAUGGCUAUCAACAUACUCACGAAGUACAAGUACGUAUCUUAUAACUGCUCAUGGUAUGUAAGUCAAGCAUUUCUGGUUAUCCAUUUUUUCUAUUGGUUUGUUGUUUGUCAGUAGUCAGUUUGUGUGUUGUAGGAAUGAGAGAGCUUAGAUUUUUCAAAAUAUUUCAGAGUUAAGUUUCCUUUUGUUUUCACUUAGAAAAGAUUUUUUUUUAAUGUGGUUGUGUUUGUGCUUUCCAUGUUUAUUACUUAGUUGAAAUUCACAUUCCGAUGUGGACUGAGAUACUUAUGUUGUUGGAAUGUAUGUAAGCAUUCAAAUUGAAAAUUUUUAAGAGUACCUUUUUAAAAGUGUAUUUUAUUAGUUAAUCAUGCAUAAUUGGAAUAGAAGGGCUCAAAUAUAAUUACACAGAUCUGUUAAUAUCAUUCUUGUUCUCAUGAAUGAAAAUCAGGAAUUAUUACUUGGAUUUACAUUGCCAUUUCUAAAAUAUUUGGGUUAUUUUGGGGGCACUUGCUCUGUUUGUUCUGUGUCUGAUAAGAGAGCAAUGAAUAUAUCCCUACUUGGCAAUAACAAUUUGUGUGUUAUUUGCCAUGAACCGGUGAAAAUUGUUUUCUUUGUUACCUGGUGAAUACAUUUUUUUGUGUUAUGCACACUGGUUCAAAUAAAAACUGUUGCAAAUUUA